AUGAUGAGCGCCGACACAUACAACAUUCUCAACUUCGCCGACACCCUCAAACGCUCGUUCGAGGAAAAAGUCGACGAACACGGAAAUGUCACCAAGCGCGGGUUCAAGCGCGGCGACUUGAACGUGCUAAGCACACUACACUACUGGAUCCAGCCAAGUCCAGAGCUCCAGGGCGACCUCUAUAACGCAAAUCUUAUCAUGUGCAGCAGAAAAUAUGGACCGGUGUUUGUUGCCGUUGGGUGUGAGGCACCCGAUACAUUACUAUCGCCUGACGGGCAGGCUCCCGACUGGGCUCGAGAGCGCGUUAAGGUAGUAUGUGAUUUACUGAGAAGUAAGCUACGAUCUUUGUUCGCGGAUAAGAAAAACAAGCCGCGUGAUGGGUGGCCGCAGUACGGGGCUGUUAUUUAUGGGCAGGAAAUAUGUGUCUACAAAAUGGAUCUUGAAGGCGGUGCACACAAGGUGGUGUUUGAGGGGGAGACUGUGCAUGAUAUUCUUUGGGGGAGGAUUAUACGUCUUUUGGAUGGGAUUGUUGAUGAGUUUCAGAUCCCGGAUGAAUUGGGGACGGAGUAG